CGGAUAUAUUCGCAACAGCAACAAGAGCAGCUCGAUCGCUUUAAAUUUGUGCCGGCCGACCUUCUAAAAGCGCUUUCCAUCCAUCUUUCCAUUCUCGGUUCUUUCCUGUCCUCUCAUCUUGCUCCAACCUGCUUUUGCUGCUCACACAUGUUUUCUGCAAUUGUUCAAGGUUAGUGCUAGCUGCUCGUCAAGUUUAUUUCAAUCAAUUUUGGAGAAACUUUUCUCGAAACCGAUCGAUCGAUGAUCUUUGUUUAGUGCAUGCACCACUUGAAUAAUCGAUCGAUACAUAUUCUUGAGAUGUUAUUAAUCCUAGCUAGUAGAGCUAAUUAAGCAACACGAUUAGCUCCCUAGCUAGAUUGUUUGUUUAGCUUGAGAUCUGCUUUAUGGCUGUGAAACAGAAUCUUGCGUUUGUGGUGGUGAUGAGGAGAAUCUUUUAAUUUGGGUGGUCACCGUCUGGCUGUUAAUAUUCCUUUGAACUAUGGGCUAGCUAGCUUGCAACAUACUCAGAGCAGAGCAUAGGGUGCUCCAUACAAUACAUACUCAGAGCAGAGCAUAGCCCAUACCAGCAGCAAAGCAAAGGUAGCAGAUAUAUUGUUCGAUCUCCAUCGAUCUGCCGGCCCCGGCCGACCUUUGAUUUGGUUGGUUGAUGCAAAGUUGUCCUCCUCCUCGUCGUCUACUUAUAUGUAAGCAUCCAUUAAUUGCUGCCGGAUCAGUCGUCGGACCUUCUUCAAGCAGGAAAACAUCCAAUUGGAUUGCUUGAUUGAUCGGCGGGCGAUGAACGGUGCGGUGCUGGACGACGUGAUCCGGCGGCUGCUGGAGGUGCGGCGGCGGCGGCCGGGGAAGCAGCAGGUGCAGCAGGUGCAGCUGGGCGAGGGGGAGAUCCGUCAGCUCUGUGCCGGCGCCAAGGACGUGUUCAUGCGGCAGCCCAACCUGCUCCAGCUCGACGCCCCCAUCAAGAUCGCCGGUGACAUCCAUGGGCAGUACGGCGACCUGAUCCGUCUGUUAGAGCUGGGCGGCUUCCCGCCGCAGCACAAGUACCUGUUCAUGGGCGACUACGUGGACCGCGGCAAGCAGAGCAUCGAGACCAUCUGCCUGCUGCUGGCAUACAAGGUCCGUUACCCGGAGCACUUCUUCCUCCUCCGGGGCAACCACGAGUGCGCCUCCGUCAACCGCGUCUACGGCUUCUACGACGAGUGCAAGCGCCGCUACUCCGUCCGCCUCUGGCGCCACUUCUCCGACUGCUUCAACUGCAUGCCCGUCGCCGCCCUCGUCGACUCCCGCAUCCUCUGCAUGCACGGCGGCCUCUCCCCGGACCUCCGCCACCUCCGCGACAUCGCCGGCCUACCCAGGCCCGUAGACGUCCCGGACGCCGGCCUCCUCUGCGACCUCCUCUGGUCCGACCCCGGCGCCGCCGCGGGGUGGGGGCCCAACGACAGGGGCGUGUCCUACACGUUCGGGGCGGACGUGGUGGCGGCCUUCAUGGAGAGGCACGACCUGGACCUCGUGUGCCGGGCGCACCAGGUGGUGGAGGACGGAUAUGAGUUCUUCGCCGGCCGACGGAUGGUCACCGUCUUCUCGGCCCCCAACUACUGCGGCGAGUUCGACAAUGCCGGCGCCCUCAUGUGCGUCGACGACGACCUCACCUGCUCCUUCCAGAUACUCAAGCCCGCCGACAACAACAGGCAGCAACGGCGAUUCGGCUUCGGCAUGGGAUCGGCAUCGGCAACUACUGCUAGCAGCAGCAGCAGCAGGGGGAUCCGAUCACCCUGGUGGUAAUAAUUAGUUAAUUAGCGCAAAUGCAAUAAACCCAUCUUUCAUUUCCUUGCCAAUUUUGUAUACUACUCCCUACAUAUCAUAAUAC